AUUAUCAAAUGGCUCAUAGCUGUAGCGUUCCUUUGUUUGCAAUAGAAAUUAUGUCUGGCUCGAGAUGAACCUGUUUAUUUGACAAUUUAAAUAAUAAUUAGUUGUGCAUUUACAAUAUAGUAAAAUAAAUAUUAGGCUAAUCGUGUGUUAUUGUAGCUGUAAGUUGUUCAAGUGUCUUGCUAGCCGAUCCCUAACCAGCCAGGUGUCUUUAUAGCUGUCUUUAUUAGGUGAGAAGCGGGACCAGAAUUAAUAUCGGAACAGACAAUUGAACUGCAAUAAAACAAUCAUCUGAGUAGAGGAAGUAUAUGAACAGAAUAAAAUGAACCGUACCAAAGCCGAUGAAGAAAAAACAAAAUCGACUUUCAAUGAUAAGGCAGAAAUUAGUGUAAAUACCCAGACUGGUCCUCAAACGAUAGUUAACAGCAACACAUACAAUGUUAACAAAGCGAAAAAUAAAAUUGAAAUACACAAACCAGUUAAUUAUUACCACGAGGCCAGGGAAUCGUAUAAUAUUUUCUCAACAAAAGCGAAUGGACUUCAAGAGACAUUUGACGGCAAUACUUACAAUAUUAGAGAAACAAUUGUGAAAACGGAAGCAGAUUUAGUGGAAGGCAAUUAUUUUGAGUCUGUGAUCGAAUUUGAAAAACAAGGCCUUUUUGAUGUUCAUAUGUCGAACUACGGUUUGGAUAAAAUUCAGACAUUUAUUUGCGACCUUUGCAAAGAAUCGUUUACUUCUAAAAGGAAUGUGGCCCAACAUAUUAAUGAAUCGCACAGAAUCCAGAAAUGUACUAAAAAACAUGUCAGAAAUACACUUGGAAUUAAAUCAGUUCCGAAGAAAAACAGUAAAAAAUCGAAAAACCCGCAAUCGUUCCAUUGUGACUUGUGUCAAACGUCGUACUUUACUAAAAUUCAAAUAAUAUUACAUAAAAUACAAGUCCACCAAAGUUCAACAAAUAAAACCUCUCUCCGAAAGUGUAAAUCUAAAUUUCGCAAUCAAACACUACGUAAACGCGUGGACAUUGGUGAGAAGCCUUACAAAUGUUGUUUGUGCCAAAAGACUUUUUCUCAAAACUCUGACCUUACAAAACAUGCACGCGUACACACUGGUAAAAAGUCCUAUAAAUGUGUGGUUUGCAAUAAGACAUUUUCUCGAAACGCUCACCUUACACAACACGAACGCGUGCACACCGAAGAUAAGCCCUACAAAUGUAACUUGUGCAAUAAGACUUUUUCUUUUAAAACUACCCUUACACUACAUGUACGCGUACACACUGGUGAAAACCCCUACAAAUGUGAUGUUUGCAAUAAGACUUUUUCUCAAAAAGCAAACCUUACAAAACAUACACGCAUACACACCGGUGAAAAACCCUACAAAUGUGAUGUUUGUAAUAAGACUUUUUCUCAAAACUCUUACCUUACAGUACAUAAACGUGUACACACUGGUAAAAGGCCCUAUAAAUGUGAUGUUUGUAAAAAGACUUUUUCUCGAAACGCUCAUCUUAAAUACCACGAACGCGUACACACCGGUGAAAAACCCUAUAAAUGUGAAGUGUGCAAAAAGACGUUUUCUCAAAAAUGUACCCUUACACAGCACGAACGCGUACACACCGGCGAAAAGCCCUACAAAUGUAACUUGUGCAAUAAGACUUUUUCUAUUAAAACUACUCUUACACUACAUAUACGCGUACACACUGGUGAAAACCCCUACAAAUGUGAUGUUUGCAAUAAGACUUUUUCUCAAAAAUGUAACCUUACACAGCACGAACGCGUACACACCGGCGAAAAACCCUACAAAUGUGAAGUGUGUCAAAAGAGUUAUUCUGAAAAAGGAAAGCUUACCAUACACGAACGCGUACACACCGGCGAAAAACCCUACAAAUGUGAUGUUUGCAAAAAGACUUUUUCUAGAAAAGCAAACCUUACAAAACAUACACGCAUACACACCGGUGAAAAACCCUACAAAUGUGAUGUUUGCAAAAAAACAUUUUCUGAAAAAGGAAGCCUUACAAAUCAUGAACGCGUACACACCGGUGAAAGACCUUUCAAAUGUGAUGUAUGUCAAAAGACUUUUUCGGAAAAAGGGAAACUUACAAAACAUGAACGUUUGCAUGCUAAUAAAAUUCGUUAGACAUUGUGCUUAAAGAUUUUUCCAAAUUAAAAUUAUGUAAUCACAUUCAUGUACCUAAUUUAUUGUCAAAUUGCCUACUAAAUGUGGCAAUUAGUAUUGUGGUUGUCUAUAUAAAAUUACUAUUUUUAUUCUUAUUAAGUCAAAUAAUUAAUUUAAU